UUUUAUUUUGUAAAAUGAGCUCAGUUUGCCAAUAAUAUAUGAUUCAUUCAACUCAUAGAUCUAUUCCUUCAAAUAAAAAUGAACUAGGUUCUUUUCAAAGAGUUAAUUCUCCUGGACUUCCAAAUUCUUCAUUAAGAAGUAGUUUUAGAGGAGAUAAAAAGAAAUUAGAAAUUGGAUUAAUUACAGAUCGAAAACUGAGUGAGAGUCCUAAAUUAAUUAAUAUGAUAUCUACUGAAAACUUAAGAAAUUUAAAAAGAAAUGAUAGCAUAGUUGAAACUCCAUAACCUUAAAUUCAACCACCUUAAAUGGAAAUUCUUUAAAAAUAAAAAUUUAAGAUGAUUGAAAAACUUGAAUCAGAUAGGCUUUGUUUAAAAAUUUAUAUGUCUGAGGAAAACAAAAAUUAAAUUAUGUUUACUGGAAUCAGUAAAGAGAUAAUGGCUUCUGAAUAAAAUAAAAAAGACAUAUUAUAAAAUUUAUAACAACUAUUUGAAUUGGGAAUUGAGAGAUAAAAUUAAUAUAUAAAAUUAGAAUCAUUAGAAAAGCAUUUGAAUUUAGAGUGUUAACAGUAUUACGGAAUUAAUGGUAAAAAACUUUACAAUUCAAAUAAAAGAAUAGCAACUUAAACAAAUGAUACAAAAUCAAUAUUUGAUCGAUCUUUAUCACUUUCAACUAUAAAAGAUUCUAAAUCUAACAUAACUAAUAAUAUAAAAAAAGAUAUUGAAUUGAUAGAAUAGGGAAUUUAAAAAUAUAAAAUGUAAUCUAAAUCUAAAACAAAAUAAAAGCAGCCUUUUGGAUAACAUAAUUGUACUAACUCAAUCAAAUCUAAAAGUUCUGUCUGUAAAAGUCCUUUAUUAAAGGGUGCCACUUCACCUUCUUGUAAAUCUUAAAGAAAAAAUGAUUAAAGAUAAGCAAAUAAAGUAAAAUUUAAUACCAAAUCUAUGCAUACAUGACC